GUCUGAUCCUAACAAUAAAAUUUUGAUUUAGGACAGCGCAGGAAAUAUAUUAAUCAUGGACGAACAUCGGACUGGGGAGGAGACCCCGAUGUCUCAGAGGCUCACAAACGAGGAUUUCAGGAAACUCCUCAUGACUCCGAGAGCUACGCCUGCAGCCGGCGCCCACCCUGCUGGCUCUGUGCGCGAGGCCAUGGCCAAUGCUGGGUCCAUGCCACCACCAACAGAAAAUAAGAGUGAGCUUCGGCGCAAGAAAAAGUCGUACUAUGCUGCCUUAAAGAAACAGGAAGACAAUAAGCUGGCUGAGUUAGCGGAGAAGUACAGAGACAGAGCUAGGGAGAGGAGAGACGGGUCCAAUGAUAUUGGGCCUACAGACCCUACUAGCAAUACCAGCAGUGCUUACAGAGCUGUAGCACCAGAUGUUAAAUCAGGAAUGGAUGCCAAGGAAAGAAGAAGACAACUUAUUCAGGAAUCCAAAUAUCUCGGUGGUGACAUGGAACAUACUCACUUGGUGAAAGGGCUUGACUAUGCUCUAUUGCAAAAGGUGCGGUCAGAGAUCACAACGCGUGAGCAAGAGCAGGAGGCAGAGAUGGAGCGGCUCGUGUCGGAGCCGCCAGUGGAGGCAGUCAAGGAGAAGAAGGAAGUCGCCCCGCAGGAAGAAGAGAUCCAAUUCAAAACUCCGAUGGGGAAAAAUAUUUACAACAUGGUCGUGGAUCAGAAAAACAAGAAGGUGACCCGCAACGAGCUGUUCGCGCCGGGCCGCAUGGCGUAUGUGGUCGAACUCGACGAGGAAGGUACUAUAGACAGCGACAUCCCUACGACGCUGACGCGCAGCAAAGCCGACGUGCCCGAGCCAGACGAGCGCAGCUCGGCCGCCAGCGCCAACGACGUCGUGCUAGAGAAGCUCACGCAAAUAUUCAGCUACCUGCGCCACGGGCGGCACAGGAAACUCAAGAAGACUAAGGACAAAAACGCAGAGAAGGGUCGGAACGAGGACUCGAUUUACGGCGACAUCGGCGACUAUGUCGCCGGCGAGCGACGUGAGCGAGAGAGACGGGACGAGCGGCCGAGGACGGGCUACUUCGACAAGCCCGUCGAGCAGGAUAAGGAGGAAGGCCCCGGUCCCCUGCCCCGCCGCGCCGGCCCCAACCCCGAGGAGCGCGACAAGCGCUCCGCCGCGCUGCUGUCGCGCCUCGCCGCCGAGCCCGAGGGCUACGCCGAGUGCUACCCGGGGCUGCGCGAGAUGGACGACGCCAUCGACGACUCCGACGACGAGGUCGACUACACCAAGAUGGACGCCGGCAACAAGAAGGGGCCUAUAGGGCGAUGGGACUUCGACACACAAGAAGAGUACUCCGCCUACAUGAGCAGCAAGGAGGCGCUGCCGAAAGCGGCCUUCCAAUACGGAGUGAAGACCCAGGACGGGCGCAAGACAAGGAAGACCAAGGAUAAGAGCGAGAAGGCAGAGCUCGACAGAGAGUGGCAACAGAUUCAAAAUAUAAUUCAAAAACGCAAGGCGCCGGCAACAGGAGACGAGCCAGGGUACAAGACCCCGAAAUACUAGCAAAGGUUACUGAUUUUUCUUCUAACCGUAGUUUGGAAUUAUACAGACAUAGGUAUUUGCUUUUUUGACCAAAAUAGUGUAAAGUGUAAACCUUUGUGUAUGCCAAAUUAUGCUUAGCAGUUUAUAACCUUAUAAAUAUAGGUUUAAAGUUUAAAAUGAUUAGGUGCACUGAGCUAGGAAACAUGAGAAGACAUCUUGUAAUAUUAAAAUGAUUAGUUACUUUGUAUAUUCAGUACAUAUGUGACGUGAAUAAGGGUGGUAUUCCAUCUGUCCAAUGUGUAUUUUCGUCUCGCAUGUUGCUUAAUGAGAGAGUGAGACGCAAUGCACAUUGGACAAAGAAACAGGAUAGGUGGAAUACCACCCUUAGGCAAAUAGUAAAUGUGGAUGCUUAAUAACGAUAAUAGGCAUUUUAUUUUUCGUCUGAUUUUUAUAAAAUUUGGUGGAUGAAUAAAGGUCCCUGUUCUGUACAAUGUAAGACGCAAUUUCAACGUAUAUCCAAAAAAAUCUUUCUGUUAGUUACGAAAACGUACCUAUGGUAUUUUAUUUUGGCAACUCAACGGACAAUUACAUACAUUUUUUUCGGACUGUGUUGAUUUUAUAUUAAUUCCGCCCAGAAGGAGGAGCCCUUCAAACCAUAUAAAAAAAAUGGGCCGAAUAACAUAACACAAAAGUGUUGCAGAUUUAUGAGUAUUAAAUAAAAGUAAUGUUACAUUUGAACCGUAUUGUUUUAGUGAAUUCGUAUGAAGUAACUUAGUACAUGACAAUAAUAAUGGUGGCUUGAGAAAUCUUCAUAAGGUUCUUCCAAUUAGGGCCACUCUAUUACGGGUCGUGUUGGUUUAAGUUUACCUAAGUUGUUAGCAAGUCGCAUGACUACAGUUUACUUUUACUUAGAAUUUAAACGCCUUACAAUGAGUGCGCGCUGUAACUAAAAUAAUAUUCAAAUAGGAAUAUAAUCACGACGAAAGAACACUAAGUUACAAGCUUAUCCAGAAAAUCAUAAGUCUGUUGGAUGUUAUAGUGAUGAUAUUUAACAAUCAUAAACCAUACAAUUACAUAAGCACCAGAUCACGAAUAGAUAUAAACAAAUUUCAACACUUAGUACUAACUUAAACUAUCAAAUAGAGGUAUAGCAUUUAACCGAUAUAUUCUGUUAAAUACAUUUUGUGACAUGAACGUUUAGUUUUGUACAGGUUCUAUAUAAAAUUAAUAAUAUUUCUAAAGAUUCUUUGCGAGGUAUUACGUAUCUCUGUAACUGUAUUUCUCGUGUCUCAUUUUCUCUGUAGAAUAAAUAAUCAUACAUCGGAUUCUAGGAUAGGGAUCCCGUCAUACAAUUUGCCCCCUAGAAUCCGAUGUAUGUAAAUAAUACACUUAUUGUGGACGGUAGUUUUUUAAUGUACGACUAAGUACGUAGAAAUUAUUGUAUUUUGAACGUUAGGAAAAUGUAAUAAUACAUUAUUUGAUUUUGCUGUAAAUAUAGUAUCAUUUUCCUAAUAAAUAAUUUUAAGAUGCAA